CUGCCUUGCUCCUUCUUCUCCUACGUCAUCCUCGGCGCCUACGUGGUCCAGUCCGACGCGGGCGACUUCGAUCCCGAACAGCACCACGGUAUUGAGUACCUUCGCGACCACCCCUUUGCACCGCAACACCUGCAAAGUCCCGAAAUGCUCUACAGGAUAGCAGCUGCGCAUCGUCUUCUCCAGUAA